AUGGCUACUUCAACUCCACGCGUUGAUCCACAGCAAAUUGGACAACUUUCUAGCCCCGUUUUCCGUAUUAUCGGCCAGGUGACGGCGCAGCCGCAGCCCACACAGAUCAUAGUGGCGAGCCCGACUACAGGCGGCGAAAUGAUCAGCCUGACGAACGUGCAGACGUCGAGCAACGUGAACUACGAGCUGCAGGCGUGGUACGAGCUGGUGUGCAGGGCCAACGACUUUGGCGACGCCGGGUUCCUGGUGCUGGACUCCGUCAAGUGCGUCUUCCCUCCCGGGGAGAGCAUCAGCGUGGCAGGCGUGGUCGCCCUGCAGCAGCUGAGCAGCAAGUUCACGGAGAUCAUGUAA